AUGCAGGCGUUAUAUGGAGUGAAAAACGAUGUUGUAGGAAAGACUCGAUUACGGAGUAUACUGUCAUAUGGUGCUGUUAUGACAGUGAUAUGCAUAUCAUUUCUUAGUUUUUCUAGCAGUUCCUUUGAUAUUAUAUCGAAGAACUUGGAUGAAGUUUGGAAAUCUGCGGAACAUCCCGAAGAUGAAGGUAUUAAUCUGACUUGCUCCCACGGCUUUACAAGAGAAUGCACUGCUUCCUUGAAGAUGAAACAUGUUGUUGUGGACAAUUUUUCAAUACAAUUUGCUUAUUCCCGAGCAGCAGGAUGGGUUGGUGUGAAAUUUUUGAGCGAAAAUGAAUGGGUUUUUUUGAGACACACUAAUAACCGCUUGCUUGUCAGGAUGUUGGCUGAUUCUAAUAUGAAGACUUUUUCGCUUGAGAACCGUCAGGACGGCAAAGGACUACUCACGAUAUGGAAGAAAAAAGGUGUAUAUGUGUUCUUAAUAUGUUUUGUUGUUGGACUAUUUAAAUGGAUUGAUCGGAAAUUUUUUUUGAAUCACUUAAGAAAACGAAAUCUGCAAUGUCGUGUAAAUAAAUUUCUACAAUCGGAUACACGGAAGAAAAUGGAAUAA